AUCAAGAUAAAUGUAGUUAACGUUUUUUCAAGGAGCAAAAUAUGUGAUCAGUACAAUGCGGUGGCAUAUCUCUCUGUCCACAAUCGCUGAAGAAGAGGACUCUUCGAAAAGUGACGAGGCAGUGGGGCAAUUUACCUCUGUAUCAUCAACAAGAGAAGCAAACAGCACAUUAAUGUACUGUGAUUUAAACUUAGAACUCGAGAGGAAAAUUAAUUCUGACUCAAUGUUUAACCUUUCAAAAUCACCCCUGCAACCAAGCUCAAAGGACUCACCAUUUUGUUGUGCUGCAUCAGUGUCUUUAGAUCUGGAACAUACGGGCAGCGAGGUUGAGUCUAAUUUUCAAAAGCGUAUCAAAAAUACGUGCGAAAACAUUUUCGUAAGAGAAAACAAGAAAGAAAACAAAAUCAACAAAUACAUGGAAAUAAACCGAGACAACCUAUCGCAAAAUGCAAACACCACCCCAGAGCCAGGUAUCGAUGACAGUGGAGAGACUACUGAUUUAAAGAUGGCAUCCCAGGUUGGAACCAAUUUUGGAGAAAAUACAGUACCUCCAGACUAUCAAAACGAGGCGAAAAAUGAGGAGCUGAGCUUUGAGACAACUCCUCCGUCUUCUUUGGAAGAAAAGUUUGGACACUUGUCAAUCUUUGCACCACAAGUCGGCAAAGAAAUUCAAAACAACUCCGACAUGGAGUCUGUGUCAAGGGCUCUAGUCAGUACCAUGUUGGAGAAGUGCAUCGAGAGUAUCCAAAAACCGACUGUGAACAGUCGUCUUUCUGGUAGGAACACCCCAAAUACUGGUACCCCAGUCCUCAAGACGAGGAUCGAAUACUCUUCACAGGAAAUGGCACAUCUGGAAAGCGAGCUAGAGAAGAAGAUUUCGUCGGAAAAAAGAAAUAUAGAACGAGAGAACGACUGUCAGUUUAGCCACGGCGAUGGCGAGGCUUUGCAGCAAUCGGCAGACGAUAUCGAGAUUCUUCGGCGGCAAAGGAUGGAAAGGUUGCAGCAGCUGAGGAGCAUGCUGGAACAGAAGAAAACAGAGCGGAAGGAGUUCGAGAAGGGCUUAGGGAUGAAGUAUGCGAUGAAGGACGAAAAAGAAAUUGUCAAAAUGGAGCAAAUUGAAGAGGAGCGAGAGAUAGAAGAAGACAAAGAGGGCGUGGCUAUAGCCAAGGCACCCACCCACGUGGAUGUACUCACCGCGCCCACCCGUAGGGGGAUCCGGAGUAUCUACAGCGAGGUACAGCGGACCCAGUCCUCCGCCAGCUCGGACAGUUCGGACAUCACUUGCACUGAUACCGAAACAUGUGAUGAGAACGACCUGGUCGUGCUUUCUGACCUUGAGCUGAGGACAUACACCGAGGAGAACACUGAAUCAGGGGCCAGCCCAUCCUACACCGAGAAUGUCAAUGGAGGUAACUUAAGGCAAGACUCUCCGAGUGCCUCGGUGUUCAACAAGGCAGCAUCAACCGGAAGUGCCAAAACCGAGAAAACUAGGAAGGCGAUGAAGGAUCCUUAUGCAAAGUAUGAACAUGUGAGGAGGAACCAGCAUGUUGGGGAUUUGGAAGCUCCCUUUGUAGCAAAUACAAAAGUUCCAGAUACCAGAUUCUGGAAGGAUUUGAAUGAGAACAAAGUCGUAAUUGCCAACAAGUUUGUGAUGAACGCAGGUGAAAACAGUGAAGAUUUUCAGGAGAUAUCGAAAUGGGUCACCAGAGACAUGUGUCCAGCUGAAGAAAGCGAAAUCACCAGUUUUUUCGAGAACAGUACUUCAUGUUCUUUUCCCGCCAAAAUAUCACAGAAACUAAAAUGUGCCAAAGAUAUCGUCUAUCCCGAUGACUUGUUGCAAAAAACAAAGCAAACGAAAAAGAAAUUUACUGGAAUUGAUGCCAAAGAAAAAAGCAAAGAAAAGUCUAAGAGAGAAAAGUCUAAGAAAAAAUCACGAGAAACCUCUAAAUUAAAGGCAACAUCCACCCAGGCGGAAAGUGAGUCUGCUAGUAUGCAAACACACGCUUACUUUCGAAACCGUUUGCACACAGAAGACCCAAAAGAAGCAGAGGAAGAAAAGAGACGAGAAAUCCGAGACGCCGAGAAUCUAGUGUUCUUCCGAACCAUAGCGCGAGAUAGUGAGUACUGGAAGCCUAGCAUUCUAGAGCCACUUCCGGGCUCCAACGGAAGUUCUACGUCACAAAAGCAGCCACGCUUCACAAGUUACAGAGCCGCUAACUCAGGAUUUGCUAAAUCGAGUGAUAUCGAUAUGUUGUUGGGAGGCUCUCAGAGAAAAGAAAGCGCUAUUCCUAACGACCCUGAGAACUAUGUUAGUGAAAACCAGGCAGAAGAAAAUAUGUUGUUUUUCAAAUAUGUCGCAAGAAAUCGGUCAUUUUUUCAAUUCAAGGAAAGCUAAGAGACUCGAAAAAAUUAACACUGCAAAAUUCAUUUAUAUAUGAAAAGCUACAAAUUUCAAAUGAAUGUUAUACAAGUGCAUAUAAUAAACAAUAAAAGGAGCAAGUACAAUUUUUAAAAAUA